AUCGGUAGACAGUAGGAGUAGAAUUUGUGCCUCGUUUAGUGUCUGAACCAAGUUUGGAACAAAUUUUAAUAAAUGAUUGAGUUUUGUAUGAUAAUAUUCAUAAUAGUGUUUCUCAAAGAUUUGGCAAACCGACGAAGUCAGGACGUGACAUUUGAUAUUGGUUUGAAGAUAUUUUUAACAAUAAUUCAAAUAAAAUGAUUGGUAUAAUCAAACACUUGGGAAAUGAUACAAACUUAAAAUCUUCAGGAAAUGCACAUUUAACACCAUUAGUUUAUGUAACACCUGAUAUAUGUCAUGAUGAAGCAGAUAAUAUUGAUUACCAUUUUGAAGCAGCAAGACUUCAGAGUUUUGAAAAUUGGCCUGUAACAUACAUUGAACCUGAAAAGCUUGCAGCUGCAGGAUUUUAUUAUACCGGUGAAAGCGACAGAGUGAAAUGUUUCGAAUGUAGAGUUGAGAUAUGUAAAUGGGUAGAAGGUGAUAUACCCAUGGUCGAUCAUCAGAGAUGGUCUGCAAGGUGUAGAUUUAUUCGUAAACUGAACUGUGGUAAUGUACCCAUUGGAGUAGAUCCUGGUACGGUGAUACCACCAAGACCAAGAAGUAGAGAUGUAUGUGGUCCUUAUGGUUUAGAAUAUCGACCUACAUCUGGUCCCGAUGACCAUAAUUUUUCAAUGGAAUUACAACUAGCGAACACAGCUAAACUUGGCUGUUUAGGUCUGGGAAGGACUAAGGAACCAGUACAUCCAGAAUAUGCUAGUUAUGAUGCUAGGUUACGCACAUUUGUAACAUGGCCUAAAUCUAUGCCACAAACAAAAGAACAAUUAGCCGAUGCAGGCUUUUUUUAUACUGGGAAAGGUGACCAAACCUUGUGUUACCACUGUGGAGGUGGUUUAAAAGAUUGGGAACCAGAAGAUGACCCUUGGGAGCAACACGCAAAGUUGUUUUCUAAAUGCUGUUAUUUAUUAAUCGUACAAGGGCAAGAUUAUGUAAAUAAAAUAACAGGCCAGCUUAUAUCUGCACCUUCUAAAGAAGAAACAAUGCAGAUGAAUCUACCCAGUUUUAUUAAGAAAGUACAAUCUGCGAGUGUAGAAGUAGAAAGGAAAGAAGAGACAAAAAGCAAUCCAGGAUCAAGUUCUCAAAAUAAUGAUAUUUGGGGUAUUGCCAGCAAUACAGAACCCAUAAAAAGAAGUUUAGAAUCCGAGCCAGCAGAAAAUCCAUCAAAUAUAAAAACACAAAAUACCAAACCUACUGAUGAUGCAAGAAUGUGCAAAAUCUGUUAUAACGGAGAAUUAGGAGUGGUAUUUUUACCAUGUGGACAUAUAGUUGCUUGUGUAAAAUGUGCUCCUGGCAUGAUGAUUUGUGCAGUAUGCAGAGAACCUGUUACAAUGACUGUACGAGCCUUCAUCACAUAGUAUUCAAUUGAAUGUAUAGAGUGUAUAAAAAGUAAGUGUAAAAACCACCAUAGCAUGAUUCUACAUCUUUGUAUCAGUGAAAAUUUGUAAAAAGAAGUUCGUACAAAAAUGGCUAUGACUUUGAAUUUUAA